GCUUGUGUGCGUGCGUGCAUAUGUAAAGCAAUUCCGAUGCCCUGGCACUGAAUGUCACUAAACGCGCCAACCACUCGCAUUGCGUGCGAAAUACCCCGCAACCAUCCACCGCCUCCUCGUCCGUCUUCGUCAGCGCGCCUGUUACGAGUGCCUGUGUGUGUGUGUAAGAGAGAGAGCGAUCGUGCGUGAUUGUGUGCGUGUGCAGAGCGUAAAUCGGCCGCACGUCCAAACAAGCAAACAAGCAGAGAGCGAAAAGAGAGCAUCCAACAGCGGAGCAAGAGGAAGAUGCAGUGCGAGUGAAACGAAAAAACAUCAAAAAAGAAGAAAAAUAAGCCAAAAAAAAUAAAUAAAAAGCACACACAGUAUACGAAUUUUUUGUGCUCUCGCGUGCAACAAUUGAAAUAGAGAAUACGAAAUAGAGAGAGAGUGUGUGAGAGAGAGUGAGAGAGAAGUGCGCAGGGGCAGUGUCUUGUUUGAUUUCUUUGGUCAAUUGUCAUUUUGGUCUGGCCACGCCCACCGAUGCCGAUGCCUAGGCCGCAUCAGCGCAACGCUCACAAAGAUCUAACCAAAAUCCACACAAAAUGGCGAUAAACUCAAGCGCCAGAGAAACGCCCAAGCGACAAGUUUAGAAAACAACAAGAAAAAAACAAGAUAUCAAGCAACAAAAACUAAACCAAAACUCGAACAAAAUUUUAUGCAACGAAACUUUGCCAAAGGCCCAAUAGCAGCAGAGGCGGCCGCAGCAGCAGCAGCCUCAGCAGCAAAGAGCGUCGGCCGAUAGGCGAUAAGCGCCCAAAACGACUUGUGCGGCCGCAAAAGAUACAACAAAAAAACAAAACAAACAGAAAACAAAAUAAAAAACAAAGAAAAGGCUCGCAUUCAACUCGAAACAAGCGCCUAAGAUGUGUUCCCGCAACAUAAAGAUCUCGGUGGUGCUGUUUCUUGUCUUGAUACCCAUAUUCACAGCGUUGCCUCACAAUCACAAUCUAUCGAAACGCAGUAAUUUCUUCGAUCUGGAAUGCAAGGGCAUCUUCAACAAGACCAUGUUCUUCCGCCUGGACCGCAUCUGUGAGGAUUGCUAUCAAUUGUUCCGCGAGACGAGUAUACAUCGACUAUGCAAGAAAGACUGCUUUGAUUCCAAAUGGUUUGGCGAAUGCGUUAAAGUGCUAUUAACACCCACAGAAGAAAUAUCGAAUUUACAGCAUUUCAUAAAAGUAGUAAAUGGCUCGCCCAUAUCAUUCAACAUGGCGCCGGUUACAUAACUCUAAAAGUGCUUGCUUGGGUUACCAAAACACCAACGAACAUCACCAACAACACACACACCUACACACACCCAACACACACCCACACACACUGAGAGAAAUUCAAGAGAAAAGUGGAUAAACACACACACCUGAAGAAUCUGAACAGCAACAAACACAACAACAAUAGCAACUACAACAAGCAGAAGAGAACAAAUUAAAUAUUUAACGCCCAAAUUUAAUUCGUACUUAUUUAUUACUGUAUAUGCUUUACAGUUAUUAACUAUACUAUGUGUUUUUUUAAAAACGAAUUAUUUUAAUUUAUUUAUUGAAACGUUAUGCGUUUGUUCUAAGCGAGGGCAACGGGCAAAGGCAAACACGGGGGGUUAACACACACACACACACAAACACACGCACACACGCACACACACUUGGGAACAGUGAAACAACACACACACACACAUACACACAUAUAUAAGGGGUAUAUAUCUAUAAAUCGGUUUGGGGGAUUUCUUCCCAGUUAGUAUCGACGAACAGACAAACAGACAGACCCCGAAGCCGAAGAAGUAUUUAUUUCUAAGUAUUCUUAGCUUGUUUAUUAUUGCGUUAUCUAUGUAAAAUAAAAGAUACAUUGUUUUUAAUAUACUUAUUUAAUGUAUAAUUUUUUUUUGUAUUGUAUUGUAUGUAAAACAAAGAAGCAAAAAGAAAGAAAACAAA